AUGGUUAGGAAUCUCUCUUUCUUUCUAACAAUUACGGUCAAAGUUUUGGUUUUCAAGGCAUACUCAGCGACUCUGCCCGAGGCUCUUGCAUCUCCUUUCGGCUCUAAAACAAAGAGCCUUAACUGGUUGAUAGUGUUAUCGCAAUGGUUGGUUUGCCUUUUCUGCCGGAGUUAA